GACACAGGGGGCACGGUCACGGCUGUCCCGCCCCUCCAGCGCCAGAGCCUCCAUCUCACCGUGGGGCGUCUUCGGGGGCCCCGCGUGUCGUCCUCCCCCCUCCUCAGGUCCUGCUCCAGCUCCGCUGUGUAACCAUUGCGUCAGGCCAGCCCCCUGCAGCCCUUUGGCCCGGGCAGCUCUGCUGAUGAAAGCCGCGGCCCACACUCUGGGAGGCAGGGCGGCUCUCCAGGGAGGCCAGCCUCAGAAACACUCAGGCGUGUGUUGCGUCUCCGUCCCCAGGGGCAGGCAGCUGGGCUCUGCUUCUGGCCUCAGCCGCCUCCACCGGGAGACCGCUGGGGAGGGUUUGGCCAUUCAUUCCUAACAAAUACUCCAGCAGGCACCUGCUGUGACCCCUGGGACACCCGGAGGGAGAGGGCGAGCACCCCUGCUUGGAGCUUAGUUCAGCGAGGCAGGCGUCGGAGAGCUAAGCGCUCCGCUGGCAGCAGGGAGGUGACAUUCAGCGAAAGAUCUAAAAACGCAGGGGCAGGAAGCCAUGAAGUUACAGGGCAGAGGCGCAGUCCAGCAGGGGCGGGAGUCCAGAAGGCCCGUGGCGCCGGCCUGCCGCGUCGCUUUUGAGAACUGGGGGCCGCACUGAAGGGGCAUGACGAGUGCGGGGGCUGCAGCUAGGUGGGGAGGAGCUCAUUGUCCACAGCCUCCUAGGCCACUGAGCACUUCUGCAGCCUCUGCCGUGUGAAGCUGCAGGUCAGCAGAGCUCUCUGGACAGAGGGACACGCAUAGCUAGGCCUGAGAGCAGCAUGUGGCCGCGUGUCGCGCAGACUCAGCCAGAGCGCAACCUGGGAGACCAGUCAGGCGGCGGCAUAAUCUAACAAAGGCAGUAAAUCCAAACUGGGAGCAGACGAGUUGGUGAGCGGAGUUUGGACUGUGGCUUGAGGAUGACUUAAGGAGUUCUGGCAGACUGGGGCGGGACAUGGAGUCUGAGAGGAAUUCAGGAUGGCGCCGUGGUGUUUGGUUUACACAGCGACAGCUGUCACAUCACUGAGACGGGGCCGGCCAGCGGGUCACUUGUGGACCUAUCAGGCCUGCAAGGCCUCUCAGACAUUCAAACGGUGACACACAGGCCGAGCCAGAGGUCCCAGGAGAGGCCCAGACUGGAAACGCACAUUGGAAGCAGGCAGUGUGCACAUGGAGGAGGACAGUCACUGUGCGACGUGUGCCCUCCUGGUGGUCAGCCCUCGCCCUGGCAAGUUUAGGGCCUGCCUUAAAUUUAGAAAAAGCAGAAUUGGCCAGGGCUUUGCUGUUAUGUAACCAAGACUACGAACGUCAGCAACUAAAAAUAAAGGGCACCAGGCUCUCCCCUCCUUGGAAAUGGCCACGGGGACCGUGAGCCCUCUACAAGACAGGGAGGAGGGACCAGUGGGAGGCUGGAGAUGAGGAACCUGCUUCUCCCCCUUCCACAGAUGACUAACGUUUAUCUUUGCCCACCAGUGUUCCAGAAGGAAGUGUGUCUUCAUACAUCACCACACCUGAAAGCAGAGCCUGAUCCAGCUGCACAAAAAUGGCAGCUGAGUCGCUGCCUUUCUCCUUCGGGACACUGGCCAGCUGGGAGCUGGAAGCCUGGUACGAGGACCUGCAGGAGGUGCUGUCCUCAGAUGAAAAUGGGGGCACCUGUAUCUCCACCCCCGGGAACGAGGGAGAGUCGAAAACGUUCACCACGCUCGACCCUGCAUCUCUGGCUUGGCUGACUGAGGAGUCGGGAGGAGCAGAGGUCCCUACAAGCACCUCCCAGAGCCCUCGCUCUCCAGAUUCCAGCCAGAGCUCCCUGGCUCAGGAAGAAGAAGAGGAAGACCGGGGAAGAGCCAAGAAACGAAAACAGAAUGGCCAGUCCCCAGCCCGAGCUGGAAAGCAACGCAUGAAGGAGAAAGAGCAGGAGAACGAAAGGAAAGUGGCACAUCUGGCUGAGGAGAACGAGCGGCUCAAGCAGGAGAUCGAGCGCCUGACCAGGGAGGUGGAGGCCACGCGCAGGGCUCUGAUCGACCGAAUGGUCAGUCUGCACCACACGUGAACAUUCAGGACUUGCCCACUACCUACCUUUUGCAGAGUGGCUACCCCUCACAGUGCCAACCACAUGCCCCUCGGCCCUGUGCGCAGCAGGGAACAAAGGGACGUCCCUGCGUGCCUGGAGAGCGCCUGCGUUUAUUACAUCCAUAUCAUUAAAGUCAUUUUUCUAUGA